GCCCCGGCCGGUGUGUGUUGGUGUGUGUGUGUGUGUGAGUGUGCGCGCUCCGAGUGUGUGUGUAUUUUUGUAUCGACGGUCCCGCAGGUCCCGGAUGUUGGGGACACUAUGAGGCGAGCGCAGGGGGACGCGGACCAGCAGCUGUCGCCGCCGCUCUCAGAUUUCCUGUUAGAGAAGACAAAUUAGAGUUUUCCUACUGACUUAACUUGGGUGAAGAGAGAACAGAAAUCUUUGCCCUCUGACUUUGGAAGUCUCGUUUAACCUUCAAACUGGCGAUGUCAAGGGUUCCAAGUCCUCCACCUCCGGCAGAAAUGUCGAGUGGCCCUGUAGCCGAGAGCUGGUGCUACACACAGAUCAAAGUAGUGAAAUUCUCCUACAUGUGGACCAUCAAUAACUUCAGCUUUUGCCGGGAGGAAAUGGGUGAAGUCAUUAAAAGUUCAACCUUUUCAUCAGGAGCCAAUGAUAAACUGAAAUGGUGUUUGCGAGUAAACCCAAAAGGGCUAGAUGAAGAAAGCAAAGAUUACCUGUCACUUUACCUGUUACUGGUCAGCUGUCCAAAGAGUGAAGUUCGGGCAAAAUUCAAAUUCUCCAUCCUGAAUGCCAAGGGAGAAGAAACCAAAGCUAUGGAGAGUCAACGGGCGUAUAGGUUUGUACAAGGCAAAGACUGGGGAUUCAAAAAAUUCAUCCGUAGAGAUUUUCUCUUGGAUGAGGCCAACGGGCUUCUCCCUGAUGACAAGCUUACCCUCUUCUGCGAGGUGAGUGUGGUGCAAGAUUCUGUCAACAUUUCUGGCCAGAAUACCAUGAAUAUGGUGAAGGUUCCUGAGUGCCGAUUGGCAGAUGAGCUAGGAGGACUAUGGGAGAAUUCCCGGUUCACAGACUGCUGCUUGUGUGUUGCUGGCCAGGAAUUCCAGGCACACAAAGCUAUCUUAGCAGCUCGUUCUCCAGUUUUUAGUGCCAUGUUUGAACAUGAAAUGGAGGAGAGCAAAAAGAAUCGGGUUGAAAUCAAUGAUGUGGAGCCUGAAGUUUUUAAGGAAAUGAUGUGCUUCAUUUACACCGGGAAGGCUCCUAACCUUGACAAAAUGGCUGAUGAUUUGCUGGCAGCUGCUGACAAGUAUGCCCUGGAGCGUUUAAAGGUCAUGUGUGAGGAUGCCCUCUGCAGUAACCUCUCUGUGGAGAACGCCGCAGAAAUUCUCAUCCUGGCUGACCUCCACAGCGCAGAUCAGUUGAAAACUCAGGCAGUGGAUUUCAUCAACUAUCAUGCUUCGGAUGUCUUGGAGACCUCUGGGUGGAAGUCAAUGGUGGUGUCACAUCCCCACUUGGUGGCUGAGGCAUACCGCUCUCUGGCUUCAGCACAGUGCCCUUUUCUGGGACCCCCACGCAAACGCCUGAAGCAAUCCUAAGAUCCUGCCUGCUGUAAGACUUCGUUUAUUUUCCAGAAGCAGCAGCCACUGUUGCUGCCAGUGACCACCAGGUAGACAGCGCAAUCUGUGGAGCUUUUACUCUGUUGUGGGGGGAAAAGACUGCAUCGUGGCCCCAGACUUUUAAAACAGCACUCAAUAACUUGGGGAAAGUGGGGGGAGGGAAGGGCCCGGGGCCCAGAGCUAUUCAACCUAAUGAAAACCCUGUUGCUGCGUCACUGUGUUCCCUUUGGCCUGGCCGAGUUUGAUACUGUGGGGACUCAGUUUAGGCGCUGGCCCCGAGGACAUCGCAGCGUGGUACUUCGGAGAAACCUGUUUGCAUCUGACUGAGCAGAACAAAUCGUCAGGUGCCUGGAGCAAAAAGGAAAAAAAGGACAUUUAGUUUUAAGAAAGGAAAGAAAAGAUUUUUGCAGAAUUUCUCAAAUCAGUUGUGGAUUCCAGUAGUAUUUAUGUUGAGAGAAACAAAUUUUAGUCCUUCCAACUGUGCUAAAACUUUGAUAUUUGUGAAAUCUCUUCAUCACCGUACAAGUAUCAGAAGAGCUCUCUUGCUGUUAGCACUUAUUGUUUGCAAGAACAGAAUAUAUCCUUCUAUCCUUUUAUGAAAAACAACAAGUGAAGGCGAAAGGAGAAGGAGGUUAUUUGAUAUGGAAGAUGAGUAUUCUGAUGUGGUAGCUUUUGCAAAAAAUCUUUAUUGGUGUUGAAAACUGGAAAAGAUAAUUCAUCCAGAAUUCAUACUAUCUUGACAAGAACUAUGGUUCUGUUUUUAGAUAUUGUGGAAAAUGUUUUUUGGCAUUUUUCUCUGGUUUUAUUUCUCCUCCCUUCCCCUCUUUUCUAAAAAAACCCCCAAAAUGAAAAACAUACAAAACUGAACAAAAAGAAGAGAAAAGGAAAUUUUAUUAUUAAUGCUGUGUGAGAAAAUCCCAGCCCAGAUUGCUCAGCUGUUUGCACCUGACUUGCCGCCUGCAUAGGAGCCAGUCCUGUUCCUUCUGAUUAGCCCCUCUUCCUACAGGGGAGAACUUCCAAAUGUUAAUUUUUUUCUUUUUGAAAAUAUAAAUAAUUACUAUUUUGUA